AUGGGAAGGAUGUUGGGGGUGCCAUGGGUCAACAAGGUGGGGCGGCGAACCCAGUGGAUAAAGAUGGGUAUCCGAAUACUGGAGUUUGAGGUUGCUGGCGUUUGAAUGACAAGGGGUGACAUUUGUUGUACAAAGGUGAUGUGGAGAGGCAUAAAAAGGGUGCAGGCAUUGGGGAUGCUAAGCGGACUUGUGUAUUUGAUCUACUUCCUUGGUCAGACAAUACCAUCACAAAUUGUAAUAUUGAGAAGAAAGAAGAUAGAAAUUGGGGGUUUCCGCUGCUGUGCCAAAGGUCUGAAAUGUGCUGCCUCCCACGAACGCACCCUUUGCCGUGUUUGUGGAUCGACCGCCAGAUACCCAAGCAACGCUCAAAGUUGAUCGAAGCUACCCUACCCGUGGAAAUGCAAGCAAAGCAUAAACCAUUUUGAAACACCAUACGCCGCCUUUU